CAUAAUUUUGAUGGACCACAACGCAUCGCUAACCCUCCUUAUCGUACAAAAUUGGCUGACGCGUUUGUGGAUGCUGGCAAAGAAAUGGGGUUUCCCCCGGUAGACUAUAAUGGAGAAAAGCAAACUGGUUUUAGCUACAUGCAGGCUACGCAAGUCAACGGUGAGCGCAUGAGCAGCAAUAGAGCCUACUUGCACCCGAUCAGGGGUCGCAAAAACUUAGUUCUCAGUAUGAAUAGCCUAGCGACAAAAGUGAUCAUAGACAAGGACAUUAAAACGGCCACUGGCAUUGAAUUCAUCAAGAACAACAAAAAAAUUCAGGUGAAAGCCAAGAAAGAAGUAAUCUUGUCUGCUGGAGCCAUAGCUUCACCCCAGUUACUAAUGGUUUCCGGUAUUGGACCUGCCGACCACCUCAAGAACUUUAAAAUCGACAUAUUAGCUGACUUACCCGUCGGUGAAAACAUGAUGGAUCACGUGGCUUACGGAGGUUUGUACUUUGUAGUAAAUACAACAGACGGUAUCGUUGUACCUGAAUACCUUCUGCCAACAAAUCCCUCUCUCCAGCAAUUCCUUACCAAGCGUACAGGCGAGUUCACAACGGCGGGUGGCAUCGAAGGUUUAGGAUAUGUAAACGUUGAUGAUCCGCGGGCCGAUAAUCUCGUACCUACUAUCGAGCUCAUGUUUGGUUCAGUGUCCUUCUUAGCGGACUAUCUGAUUCAUGUGCCUUUUGGCGUUACUGAAAAAUUGUUCAGUCAGUUUUACGCUCCUGACCUCUACAAGCAUACUUGGAUAAUAUGGCCGUUGCUUAUGAAGCCUAAAAGUAGAGGUAAAAUUUUGCUGAAGAGUAGUGACAUGAAAGUACAGCCAAGGCUGCUGGGAAAUUACUUCGACGACCCGGAAGAUGUGAGAGUUUCGAUCAAGGGCAUUAGAAUGGCGAUUGAGGUGAGUAAGACCCAAGCAAUGCAAAAGUAUGGCUCCAAGUUAGUCGAGAGGCUGGUGCCUGGGUGUGAAAGUCACAAAUACGAUACAGAUGAUUACUGGGAAUGCGCUUUGAAGACUAUAACCAUCACUUUAUGGCAUCAUUCAGGAACCUGCAAGAUGGGAAAGAAAAAUGACAAGACUGCGGUCGUCGACACCAGGCUGAAGAUUUUGGGAUUUAAUAACUUACGAGUGGUGGAUGCAUCAAUAAUGCCAGAGAUCGUCACGGCUCAUAUUAACGUUCCGACGAUUGCUAUCGGCGAAAAAGGUGCUGAUAUCAUCAAGGCCGAUCAUGGAUAUAGCUCUUAAUAUA